AUGUCCGCCAUUUUGUAUUCAGUGAAUAAGCAUAAACAUACUCAGGAAGUGACGUCAGGUGGUGAUCCGAAGUUGUCUAUUAAAAACAAUGGUGAUGAUAUUGUGGGUUGUGACAAGAUCGAAGUUGAAGACGUGUGGGUUGUCGGGAUUCCCAAAUUCCUAACUGAAUCAGCAUUUAGAUUAGUGGACAUUAACAAAGAUGGCGUUCUUGACGUUAUUAUGGGUUUUGGAACAGGAGCUGAUGGUUAUGACAUACCGGAAGUGGUCUGUGAUAUCUAUUUCCAUGGCCAGUCACCAUGUUACGGUGGGGUGAUGGCUCUAGAAGGUAAAACUGGUAAAGUUCUCUGGAAGCAGUUCAGUAAACACGAACUGUUUGGUCUGAAUUGUAAUGUGGACUUGAAUGAAGAUGGUGUGCUGGAUUGUCUAGCUGGUGGCCGAGCUGGGACAUUUGAUGCUAUAAGUGGUAAGGAUGGAGAUGUUUUAUGGAGAUAUGGUAAAACUGAUUUGAUGAAUUUCUACACUCCCCAGUUUAUAGCCGAUAUAGAUGGUGAUAAGGUUUCCGAUAUACUUCAGAUACAUGGCGGAGACCCACUUCAAGAUCCAGGUAGUAAAUAUCGACUGUCCGGUAACAUCAUGUUAUUCAGUGGUAAAACAGGUCAAGUUAUAAAGACUAUUGGAGUACCGGAUAAAAAGGAAUCGUACUAUUCACCACAGAUAUAUAGUCAGAAAGAUGGUACUCAGAUAGUAUUGUUUGGUACUGGUGGGGAAACACAUGGUGGAUCAUUGUGGAGAAUCACUCUAAAUCAUCUUAUCAAAGGACAGAUUUAUAAGGCUAAGAGAAUAUAUACAGAUAACUUCAAAGGCGUAAUGACACCGCCAGUGUUGUUGGAUAUAAAUAAAGAUGAGGUCGUAGAUAUUGUUAUUUCUAUGUUUAAUUCUACGGUACUGGCUAUAGAUGGACGGACAUUUCAUGUGAUUUGGAACUAUACAUUUCCUAGUUCAGAAACAUAUUGUACACCAGCUGCAGGAUAUUAUAAUGAUGACGAGGUUCCUGAUUUUCUCAUCAAAUAUCAGAAUGGUCCAGGAUUUCCUAUUUACUAUUCCUCUGAAACUACAGUACUAGAUGGUAAAACAGGCCAGCCGUUAAUAUCCCCUAGUGUUAAAGAUUCUAUCGGAGCCCAAUCAUCACCUUUAACUAUCAGCGUCGAGGGUCGAGGGAAUGAUAUCUUUCUAUUCUGGGUGGCUGAUUGCCUAGGACAUGUUGGACAGGGAGGGCAAUAUGGUUUCGUCAAAGGUACAAACGUCCACGAAAAAAGUCGCUCUGAUAAUUGUCGCUUAAGAUUUAAAACGAAAGGUUUCACAGAAUUACUGGCGAAAAGCCGCCAUAUUAAAUCUCGAGGUGUUAGAAUUUACUAUUCAGGUCAGAUCUUUUUUCCUUUGCUAUUCGUUUUCAGAUACCUCCCCAAUUAG